AUGGCGAUUGGAAACGCGCGCAGCAGCAGCGGAACAGCACCACCCCGAGGGGAGACGUCUCUCCCGGGCCCACACCAAGAGGUCGCAGUUGUACAGUCAAAUAUCGAGGCUGUGGUCAGAGGGGCAGACAUCGACAGUCGCCCAUCCCGGAAGAACACGGGGUUCGCCACCCCCGCGACGCUGUACGCAGGCGGUGCAAACCCCUUUGGAGCACCCUCUGGCGGUCCCCCUCCCGAUACCUGA